CAUGACUGGACUGUGGUCCACUAUAGGUCUACUUUAUUAGGACUGACCUACGGUUAAACAACAGCACGACGCUUACAGUAUCCGGCAAUACUACAGGUGUUUGUUGACUCCGUUCCGAGUUCGCGUCCGACCGAUAACUAAAAAGUUUUGAAUGGGUGAAGAAUUUGUUAAUUAAACCCACCUGGCAGCACCAAGAAGCCACAGAGAACCAGUGAAAUGGAAUCUCACAUCACAAAUUACAUGAAUCCGAUUGAAGAAGACGAAGCCAUGGAACCUCUGGACCUCAGCGUACACUCAACAAAACGCAACCCCAAGGAACAACAACAACAGCAGCAACAACAACAGCAGCAGCAACAGCAGCAGCAACAACAACAGCAGCAUCAGCAGCAGCAACCACAAAACUGCGGCUUUCAAGAACGGCCCUUAUGCUUGAUCAAGUCCUGCGAGUGCCAAAGAGCGCCGUCACAUUUGCGCCAACUCCUCAGACAAAAGCACCAGAUGCGACAGGCCACAAUGAUGACCGUGGUGCCGCCGUUGCCCCCUCCACCACCACCCAUCGUCGCUGUCGACGGUUGCUACCAGUGGCGAUUUGACGACCAACUUAAAUAUGCCCGCCUACAACCAGACAUUGCCAUGACAUGUCGCACAAGGGAUGUGCCCCCUUCUGAUGAAAUCAGACUGCUGAGUCGGCCCCAGUCAUGCCCUAUCGCGUCUUCAACCCCCAGCUGGCCCCGAGUAAUGAACUGCCCAAGUAACACUACGGACCUCACAAGCAGCCACAGCAACAACAACAGCAGUAACAACAUCACAUCUUCGAAUGGUCCUUGUUACGGGAAGCGAGUGGCCCCUUCCUCGAGAUUAGCCCCAGACAUGAUCAACAGCUACAACGCUAGCAACUGUAUCACAAUUGAUGAGGAAACCCCAUCAAAGACAACCUGCUCGUCUGCCAUCUCCGAACAACAACAACAACAACAACGUCAGCGCCGAAGGUACGGGGAAGAUGGGGAGGAAGAAAACAAAGAGGAGGAGCCCAUGGAAUCAUCAUCAUCGUUGUCCACGGCAACAGCGGCCAAGCGGAAAGAUAUUGACGUCACAGAUAUUGACCACAAGGGUGGAACUGAGGACGAAGCGGCCGACAUGGAAGUGGACAUCGAUGUCGACGACUCGAGUAAGGAUGUCCUCAACGACCGGUGGGAGCCGCCCAGCUCGGUAAACAGGGCCCCAGAGAAUUAUCUGAAUCUUAUGCAUCAUCUCCUGAACGGCUGUUCGCAGGCGACGAGCGAAAUGAGUCUGUCGAGCAGAAGUUUGCAUCACCAGCAGCAGCAGCAGCAACAUGAUGGCAACCAGGCAGCAGCAGCAGCAGCAACAACAACAACAACAACAUCAGCAUCAACAACACCAAAUUCACUAACGACGACAACACCAGUGACAACAACAACAACAACCACAACAACUAGAGGACAAAAUAGCGAGAGAGAGGAUAGCUCUGGUGAAGGAUGCGGUGAUGGUGACAGCGUUUCUACUGGCAACGGUGGUGGUAGUAAUAGUAAUAGUAAUAAUAAUAAUAAUAUUAAUAGUAGUAGUAUUAACAGCAGUAGUAAUAACAGCCAGAGCAAUGAUGGUGACAGUGGAGACAACAAAAGCGAUGAAGUAGAAAAUAAAGAAGAUACAAGUCAGAGUCGGAACCAUAACGCUAGUGAAAAUAGAACGAACAGGGAGGAAUCUAGUCACUCGGAAAGUGUGCUCACCACAGACGUCACCAGCAAAAAGAGAGGGGCCUCAGGAGGAGGAGGCGGGACUAAGAGUAAAGGUGAAGGCAGCAGUGAUGAUGAUGCUGAUGAUGAAGGGGAGUCGGAGGAGAGUGAUUGUAAUAACAAACGGAGGAAGAAGAAGGAGCCGAGCCUCGACGAGAGCGAAGAGGUGGGGCGCGCCGCGAAAAACGGCAAGGACGAAGAGGCGGCAGCAACAGCGGGUCAUAAGCGCCACAGCAGUAGCAGCAGCAAGGAGAACGUGUCGCCGGUGUCGGCGAAGGAUCCGGCCUUCGUGGAGAAGUGCUUGUCGGCCGCUCAGCAGGUGAAGAACAGCAAAGACCACCAGAGCGGCGUGACGAAGAUCAACGCCCUCGACUAUCUUAUCUCGAAGUACCUUGUGCAGAAUGUGGACGUCCCUUAUAAACCAUGUAACAGAAAAAUCCGUGAACUUCUCGACAGUGGAGAGACGAAGAUCUGCUUCAUGGACUUGAUUGAACUCCAGAUUGAAAAGAGUUUCACUGUGCAAGGCUGAGAGAAAGAGAAAGAGAGAUAGAGGGGGGGAGGAGGAGGAGGAGAGAGAGUGAAGUGGAGGGGGGAGGUAGGGAGUGAGAGGGAUGAGUGGAAAGGGUUCUGCUGGGCAAGACUGAGACAGAGAGAGAGAGAGAGAGAGAGAGAGACCGAUAGAGAGAAAGGGAGUGAAUGCGCAAGGGGCAGUGGGGAUGGGAGAAGUGAGAGAAUGAAAGAUGCUUCAUUGAAGAUGGCAGAACUAAAGGAAAGAGAGAGAAAGGGGAUGUGGGGGUGGGGUUCUGUUUUUUUUUUAAGAGUGGGUGGGAGGAAAGAUCUAAAAUAGUAGUUGUAGUAGUAGUAGUAGUAGUAAUAAUAAUAAUGAUAAUAAUAAUAAUGAUGAUAAUAAUAAUGAUAAUAAUAAUAAUAAUUAAUAAUAAUAAUAAUAAUAAUGAUAAUAAUAAUGCAAAACCAGGCUGUGGCUCUCAUGGCUUCUGAUCUUAACUGACUGGAAGUGUUCACGUGUGCAUAUUUUGUCUCGGGGUCAAAGAUGGCCUACAGCAAAUAUUCUGCUCAAUGCCACAGGUUUGCUUGUCAGUUGUUUGACCGUAACUGGUUGAGCAUGUCCCUUAGGAGCCGAUAUGUGCAUCUCUGAUGACGAGCAGAAAUGGUGG